AGUGGAAGUUGUCGAAGUUCACUUUAGUGUCAGUGUAGUGUUGCUCUUGUGUCCACUGUGCUGCUGUUAGUGUUCAGAAACAGAGAAUAUAAACUCACAGGGAUGUCUUUGUCUUUCGAGGGAAGAGUUGUGCUUGUCACCGGGGCCGGAGGAGGCCUUGGCAGAGAAUAUGCACUGGCUUUUGCUGAAAGAGGCGCCUUAGUUGUUGUGAAUGACCUUGGGGCAGACACUAAAGGGGGUGGAAAGAGUUCUGCAGCUGCUGAUAAGGUGGUGGAGGAGAUAAGAGCGAAGGGAGGAAAGGCCGUGGCGAACUAUGAUUCUGUAGAAGAUGGAGAAAAGCUGAUCCAGUCAGCACUGGAUGCAUUUGGAAGAAUAGAUGUUGUGGUUAACAAUGCCGGGAUCCUUCGUGACCGAUCAUUUGCCAGGACAAGUGAUUUGGACUGGGACCUGAUCCAAAGAGUUCACUUGAGAGGCUCUUUCUUGGUGACUCGAGCUGCCUGGAACCACAUGAAAAAACAAAACUUUGGCAGAAUCAUCAUGACGGCUUCAGCCGCAGGCAUCUAUGGUAACUUCGGCCAGGCCAACUACAGCGCUGCCAAGCUGGGCAUGCUGGGGCUGGCAAACACCUUGGCUAUCGAGGGACGCAAGUACAACAUCUACUGCAACACUAUUGCUCCUGUUGCUGGCUCUCGCCUCACAGAGACUGUCAUGCCUCCAGACCUUGUGGCGUCUCUGAAGCCAGAGUUUGUUGCUCCCUUGGUCCUCUGGCUCUGUCAUGAACAAUGCCUAGAAAAUGGAGGACUGUUUGAGACUGGUGCAGGCUGGAUUGGUAAAUUGCGCUGGGAGCGUUCUGUGGGCCGCACCGUGAGACAGAAGAACCAACCCAUGACUCCGGAGGCUGUUAGGGACCAGUGGGACAAAAUCUGUGAUUUCACAGAUGCCACCAAGCUUACUAACGUACAAGACUCUCUGAUGUCCAUUGUGAGUGAGCUGUCUCGAGUGGAGUCGGACGGAGAAGUCCGGGCGAAUCCAACAGCUGCUGCAGCCUCCACAGCCUCGGCUUUGGGGAUCAACCCCUCUGAGGCAGUGGGACAAAAACUACCAUCGACCACGUUCAGCUUCACCCACACCCAGUGCAUCCUCUAUGCGUUGGGGGUCGGCAUGUCCACCAAGGACCCAGACCAUCUUAGGUUCCUGUAUGAGGGCCAUGAAGACUUCGGCUGCCUCCCCACCUUCGGGGUCAUUCCCUCCCAGGCAGCCACGAUGGGUGGCGGGCUGAGCUCAAUCCCUGGACUCAACAUAGAUUUCACACGGGUAUUGCACGGAGAGCAGUAUCUGGAGCUUUACAAACCUUUCCCAACAUCAGGUAGCGUUACCUCUGAGACCACCAUAGCCGACGUGCUGGACAAAGGAUCUGGAGCCGUCAUCCUCUUGGAUGUGAACACCUACAGUGGCGAGGAGCUGAUCUGCUACAACCAGUUCUCCGUGUUUGUGGUCGGCGCUGGAGGGUUUGGAGGGAGGAGAACCUCCGAGAAAGCCAAAGCUCCUCUGCCUCCGCCUAAGCGUUCACCAGACGCCGUGGUGAUUGAUUCUACCACAAGAGACCAGGCGGCCUUGUACCGCUUGAGUGGAGACUGGAACCCGCUUCAUAUAGACCCCAGCUUUGCUGCCAUCGGAGGCUUCAAGGCUCCCAUCCUGCAUGGUUUGUGCUCAUUUGGCUUUGCUGCAAGACACGUCCUCAAGCAGUUUGCCGACAACGACCCGUCCAGAUUCAAGGCCAUCAAGGUUCGCUUUGCAAAGCCGGUGAUGCCGGGUCAGUCACUACAGACUGAGAUGUGGAAGGAAGGCAACAGAAUUCACCUGCAGUGCAAAGUGAAGGAGACUGAUGCCGUUGUGCUCGCUGGGGCCUACGUGGAUUUACACGGUGCAUCGGAGGCUUCUCCAGAAAGUCUCACUCCAGGAGGGGUCCUUCAGAGUGAGCUGGUGUUUGCAGAGAUCGGCCGUCGUAUUAAAGACGCCGGCUCAGAGUUGGUCAAAAAGGUGAAUGCUGUGUUCGGCUGGGAGAUCACCAAAGACGGCAAGAGUGCUGCACAGUGGACCAUUGAUUUGAAGAACGGCAGUGGCUCCCUGCACAAAGGUCCUCACGGUGGGAAGGUGGACGUGACCUUCACUGUGUCGGACGAAGACUUCUUGGAGGUGGUGCAGGGGAAUCUCAACCCUCAGAAGGCAUUCUUCUCUGGCAAACUGAAGGUUAAAGGAAACAUCAUGCUGAGUCAGAAGCUGGAGGUCAUCCUGAAGGACUUCGCCAAGCUGUGAGCUCCUCAGUCAACCAAUCGGAUGACUCCAUGAUGAAACCAGCUUUCUCUGUCUGUCGACUUUCCCUCUCCUCAUUCAUAUGUGUGCGUUACCAUGCUUUGCCUCUGAAGGGAAACUUGUGAUUAAUACUUCUUUAGAAUAACUUCUCUCGUAUAAAGUCAUAGCAGCGGUUUUCCUAAUUGUAUCAUAUGGAUCCGGAUAUUCUUUGAUGACUGGAGGGAGGAAAUGAGAUUAAAAGUGAGUUUGUCAGAAGCAAUAAUUCAUUUUAUUUCAGCUGGUUAGGGUUCACUUGGUUUGGUUAUGGUCCGUCCUUGCUACUGUAAAUGUGCACUUAACACCCCUGCCUUUAUCGAUCCAAAUAGGAAAUUAAUCGGUUUGAAUAAUUUCAUUCAAGAUAUAAAAGGAAAAACAAGCUUCUACCAGUUAACCAAAAUUCUUCCCAGCAUCGAGUGAAUUUACUGUCUGAAGCGAUAACUACAAUCUAAAGCUCAGCCUGACUAAAGUCAUAAUUCAGUGGUCUUAUUUCAUUAGAAUGAUUAAUUCACAUUCUGUUGCAUGUACCUGAUAUUGCAAUCAACAGAAUCUUUGUGAGAUGUAUAAUAAUGUAGAGUUUGCUAUCUGUGAAAAAAAAUGAAUUUCAUGUAAAUUGUAAUGUUAUUUGUGAAAUUGUAAGAGAUUCAAUGAUGCUCUUCUAUGAAAAUAAAGUAAUUCCUACUAAAAGCUCA